AUGCAGGACACGCCGGAUCGCGAGGCUUCUACGCCUCCCGCUCGGGAUGACGAAAAAAUCGACGACCUCGAGGAAGCAGUGAAGACAUCCGGCCACGCCACCCACCUAAGCUCUUCCUUGAGUACCGCGCAGGAGGAAGAUGCCCCAAAGAACAGCAGCGCAUCCGCCGAGGCCGUCGUCCAAUCCAACGGACCCCCCGGCGAUGCUGUGCCGGGGGCAAAAGAAGAGGAGCCCGAAGCUGGGCGGACGAAGUUGGAGACGACUCUCAUUAUGUUCGCCUUGUGCUCAGCGCUCUUCCUCGCCGCCCUCGACGUCACCAUCAUCACCACCGCUAUCCCAACCAUCACCGAGCAGUUCCGGUCGCCCGCCGGCGCCACUGUCCCGAGCUGGGGGAAGGUGAGCGAUAUCUGGGGCCGUAAGCCCGUCCUGCUAGCUGCCGUCGCCAUCUUCUGGAUCGGGUCGCUCCUCUGUGCGCUGAGCAUCAACAUCGGGAUGCUCAUCGCGUCUCGCGCCAUCCAGGGCGUCGGCGGAGGCGGCAUCGUCGUCCUCACCAACAUCUGCGUCAGUGACCUGGUCUCGAUGCGUAAGCGAGGCAUGUACUACGCCUUCUUCGGCAUGGUGUGGGCCAUCGCGUCCGCCAUCGGCCCCAUCCUCGGCGGCGUCUUCACCUCCCAGGUCACUUGGCGCUGGUGCUUUUACGUGAAUCUGCCCAUCAGCGGCGUCGGCUUCGCCGUGCUCCUAUUUGUACUCAAGUUGCACAACCCGCGCACCCCCGUUCGGCAGGGCCUGGCCGCCGUCGAUUGGCUCGGCAGUCUCUUGAUCAUUGGAGGCACCCUCAUGUUCCUGUUCGGCCUGGAGUUCGGCGGCAUCACCUACCCGUGGAAUUCGGCCCCUACCAUCUGCCUGAUCGUAUUCGGCGUUGUCACCAUCGCCCUCUUCGCCGUCGUCGAGCGGUGGUACGCCAAGUAUCCGGUUAUUCCGCUGCGACUGUUCAAGUUCAGAAAGAACAUUUCAACCUUUGCCGUCUGUAUCGCCCACGGUAUUGUCUUCAUAUCUGGAAGUUAUUAUUUGCCGCUCUAUUUUCAAGCUGUCCUCGGCGUCUCGUCGCUACUCUCAGGUGUCUAUCUACUCCCCUACGUUCUAGCGUUAUCGUUCAUGUCUGUCAUCUCGGGCUUGGUUAUGAGGAAAACGGGCAAAUACCUGCCGCUGAUCAUAUUCGGAAUGGUCUUCAUGACACUCGGCUUCGGUCUGCUCAUCAGCCUCGAGGCCAAACCAAACUGGGCCAAGAUCAUUAUCUAUCAGAUUAUCGCAGGCCUCGGUGUAGGCCCAAACUUCCAAUCCCCUCUUGUAGCGCUGCAUACAACCGUUGAACCCCGCGACAUCGCGGCUAUGACUUCGACAUUUGGGUUUAUUCGCCAGCUUGCGACAUCCAUUUCCGUAGUAAUCGGCGGUGUGGUGUUCCAAAACGGUAUGAAUAGACAGUACCUGACUCUCCUCUCCCAACUGGGCCCAGAGCUGGCCGGGCAGCUCUCGGGUGGGAGCGCCGGCGGCAACGUUGGGCUCGUCGCUUCCUUGCCAGGCGCUCAAGGAGAAGCUGCUCGGGCUGCCUACUGGAACAGUCUACGCGACAUGUUCAUUAUGUAUACGGCAUUUGCUGGGGUAGGGUUAAUCUUUGCACCGUUUAUUCCUCAAAAGAAACUUAGUCAGGAUCAUACGGAACAUAAGACAGGACGAUCUAAGAAGCCUUGCGUUUUUAGAAAACCUAGAAGAAGAAGAAUGGGAAUUAAUUUUAAACGUCCUAGAAUUAAAGUUUAA